GUAUAUCGUACCUUUUACUAGGUGCAGGUUUGGUUCGGUUGAUUGGUGGUAAAAAAAAUCAAGUUGCUUUAAAAAUCAUGCAAUGCUUCUACUGUAGACCCACUCUACUCCUAAGAUGUUUGAUUUGGGCCUAUUUGACUCUUUGCAUGUCCAUUUUGGACAAGGGCGAUUUUGACACUUCCGGCGAAUAAAAUCGCGGACUUUAUAAAGUUUAUGAAUAUCAAAAAUAUUAUUUCAUAUGGUUUAAUUUGAAGUUUGAAUUAUAUAUUCAGAGAAUAAGAACAUGUGAAUACAAAACAUUGUUUUCUUCUUCGGUCGAUUGAUAAAUGGUGUAUUUUGUUUAAUACCAGAAGAAGUGACUCCACGUUUCAUUUCCAGUCCGUUAUUUACAUUUUUCAACAUGUCUCUUUAUGGCGGCUCGAAUUUCUCAACUGUUCAGUUGCAGAUUCAAAAUGCAUUGUCAAGGCCAUUGUUGUAUAGAAUUCAAGAUAUUGAAGAUAUUAUUAAUACUACAAGUACAAAGGAACUACGGAAUGCUUUGCCCUUGAUUGUAGAAAGUGUGUUUGGUUAUGGACAAGAGAGUGGAUGGGAUAUAGAUAGAAUCAGUAAAAAAUAUUACUCUGAAUUUGAAAGCAUCAGACAUUUUCUAUCUCCACAAGGACCAUUAAUGAAAUUGGUAUACCAUUUACAGAAUGAACCUUACACAUAUCAUUUCUCUUUACAACAUCUGCCUAAUCCCAGUAGACAUAUGAUAGAAGAUGGUUUGAUUCCUACAUUCUAUGCUAAUAAAAUACAGCAACAAUCUCAUGGUUUGAUUUUAACUCUAGGUGCUUUUGAAUUCUACAUGUUUCACUUUGCCUAUGCGCUAGUGAAUCCAAAACAUAAAAAGAGUACUUGGCACGAUUUUUAUGAAUAUAUUUAUCCUAAUUUAAUGAAUGAUUAUAUGGAAUACUUUCUACCAUUGGAUAAGAAACGUCUUCCUGUGAUGCCUCAUACAGCAUCACCUAUUAGAACAACAGUUUCACACUAUUCUUUAUCUCCUGGGCAUUCUCCUAAUCCAUCACCAAACAUCUCACCAUUUAAAACACCUAGAGGUUUGUUUAAAACAAGUUUUACUGUAGCUAAUCAGAAACAGCAUAUACCAUCAUCACCUGUUUUAGACCAGAAUGAAUCAGAGACUUGGAGAUCAGAGACAAUGUUACAGAUUUGGAGUGAGUUUUGGUUAAAUCAAAAUGCUACUAGUAAUGAACCGAGUGGUUUACCUCAAGCAUCAGUUAUAUCAUCCUAUGCUCCACAUACUAGUCAUAAUACCAGCUAUGACUCCAGAGAUCCUUUUCAUAUAUUAUACGAACACUAUUUACCGUCUAGUAACCAUGUUAGUGUGGUGCGUGUUUUAGUUAGAUAUCUACAUUAUUUUAUAAAUACAGCAUCACCUGGUAUUGUUACUUCAACUUAUCAACCAACACAAUUAUCAAUGUUAGAUGAAUUUAAAAAGUCUGUAGUUCCACAGAUUAUACAGAAGAAACUCUAUACAUUCUUAAAACAUGCUUUUGAUCACUGGCCUUUAGAUUCAUCUUUUAAAAUGCUGAUAGAGAUUUGGCUUUGUUAUAUUCAACCAUGGAGAUAUUCAGACCCUAAAUAUUUCUACCAGAAAGAAAUGGCAGCUCAUGUAGGUGAUAGAGAUUAUGACAAAAAGUUGGAGGAUAAAUGGUAUCAGUUUAUAGAAGAUAAUUUACUAUUCUAUACAGUGCUAUUUCAAGAUUUUCUACCUAGAGUUUACCGAUUAGAUUUAACAUGUCUAAAUAAUUCUUAUAUGAUAUACAGAGUUACUAAGGUGUUUAAUAAGACCAAUCUAUGUCAUCUAAUUGAAAGAGCUGAAAGAAAGACUUGUAGUUCAUCAUUUAUAACUAGUAGAAGUGGUAAUCAUAUUAAUGAUAGUUACCAUGGAAUGUCUGAUAGUUUCUGUUCUCUACCUCCUCAAUAUGCUGAUCUAGAAUCACCUGGUUUUACCUAUACACCAUUAUUUGGUUCCAGAACCUUUAAUUUGGCUCAAGCUGUAUUAGAUCAAAUGAUAGAUGCUAAAAUAAUUGGUGCUAAACCCCCUGUUAAUGUUACUAAACAGAAGAAGAAAGGUUGGUUAAGAUGGUUUGUUGAUGGAUUAUUUGGUGAAGACAGUCAGUUUGGUGAAAUCAGUCCUGAAGAAAUGAAAAAACAACAGAACUAUUUAACUUAUGCCGUCAAAUAUUUCUCUAUGAUAUUUAAGUUUCAAAUACCAGUAGAAAUUGAAAAUAUGAGUCUUCCAGCAGAUACAACAUUAAAUGAAUCUGCUGAAUCAACAUUACCAGAUUUUAUACAAACUGAGAAUGGACCACAAUUAACUGAUUUAGGAAGAUAUCAGGUAGCUAAUGGUUUAAAGAAAUUUGAUGUAGUAUAUUAUGGUGAUCCUGACCUAGAGCCUAUUAGAAGUUAUGAGAAUGCUACACUGGUUAGAUAUUUACAUCAAUUCUGUGAUAAAAUCAACACUAAGUAUGCUAAACAGAUUCUAGUUUUAAAUCAUCGGACAGAUUUUAUAGCUAAAAUGAUACAGACCUUUAUUUCUCCUCCUAUUUCACCUCAUGAACAGAUCAUGUCACCUAUGUCAAAAGUCAAAGCUGAACAUUUACGUCAACCAAGGCUAAGUCUUCGUUUUUUAGCCAGUUAUCAAAACUUGAUCUAUUUUGGACUCUUAUAUUUAGUGCUUAAUCUAUGGCUUGGAUUCGGACCUGCUGGAUUCUUGAUUGUCUUAUUCUUUGGAGCUGUGUUUUAUGCUGCCUUUUCAGCUCUUGUAAGACCCACGAAACAUAACUCUCUUUGAUGUGUCAUGUGUCUGUAUCAAUAUCAUUUUGGGUCUAUAUUCAUACAUGGUGAUAUUUGGAACUUUCGGUUUCCCUAAGAAGCAUCUGAAUAUAAAAUGUCGUAAAGUGCAAUGAAAUGUACUCAGUAGAUUAUGCUGCCAAAUUUAAUUAAUAAAUCAUGUAUUCUCAUAAUUAAUUAUACAAAAUAAUGUCACAGUUUGAAAAUUAAAUAUUAUUUUCUCU